AUGGUGCCUGCGCCGUCGCCGCUACCCAUGCGGUUCCCGUGUUGGUGCCGGGCCGUGUAUUCCUGGGGAGGCGAGUCCAAACGCGAUCUCGGCUUUAUCGAAGGAGAUCUGAUCGAGUGCCUGAAUGCCGGUGACGGCUCGUGGUGGGUUGGUCGUCUCUACCGGGAUCGCAGAACAGUUGGCUCCUUUCCCUCCAAUUUCGUCGAGGUGCUCCCUGACGAGUUCCGCCCGACAACGCGGUCCGUGAGCCCGCUCCCGGGAAGCAACACGCCCAGUCCCAAAAACAUGCCUGGCAAGUCCAAGACGUUUCGCAAGCCCUUCGAGGCGUACGCCAAGGCUCCUCACUACACCACAGCUAAGCAGCCGACGACGUUCAAGGACCCCCAGCUGUCGGCAAAGCCGUCGCUGGCGAAGCCACCGUCCAGAGAAAACUCCAACACAUCACCCGCCAGGAGUGUCCAUGAGGGAAUCGGCCGCGUGCCGUCCCCUCCUGAGACGCGCGGCUAUGGUUCCAGAGCGCCAUCGCCCGCGCCGUCAAUGCACCGCGCUCCCAGUCACAGGGCGCCGUCAGAACGAGCAGACUCUCCGCCUCCGCCGCCUCCGCCGCCUCAUCGCCAUGUUGCCCGGAACAGGUCCCACGACAUGCACCAGAGCAGCCAGCCUGACCUUUCCCGCCAGGGCUCUACAGCAUCCUACAUUCCCUACCGCCCCGGAUCGCAGCUCUCUUUCCACGAGCCUCAUGAUCUGUCUCGCCAACCUUCCUACAUGACCAACGACGAUCGGUCCUUGGACCAUCGCCCACGCACACCCCGGGCCGUGUCGCCCCGGCCGCCUUCUCCAGAUGAGAUGCAUAUGACGCCCUCGCCAUUGCGAGAGGCAAUGGACGGGGUCAUGGAGCAGCUGGAUCAGCUUGAAGGUCUUGGGAGCUCUUGGGAACCAGAGCCUCUGGGCCCGCCCGCUGAUCCUUGGGCUCCCGAGUCGUUCGGCAUGGCUUCCCCGUUGUCCCCCCGGUCCAAGCGCAGGGGAGGUGACAGCGCCCGACCACUUACCUCGACGGGUAUCGCGCAUCACGAUGAAGGCUACGAGACCUGGAGCGGCGGCUCCUCCCAGAACACGUCGUAUCAGGGCCGCCAAAGGGGCAACACCAACGACCUGCCACAGCUGAGUAACUACGUGGAGCGGAUGGAGAAGCAGUUUCAGACAUUACACCAGCACAGCGUGAGCAUGCCUGAAGCUGCUCUUGAGGACAUGCCACCGCCACCGCCACCCAAAGGCCAUCCCUACGAUCGGCCAAAGUCGUCUUGCGGUGAACAGAACAAUGCUGAGCGCAAGCUGCGAAGCCGCAAGUCGGCCUACGAGAUUGGCCAAGGGGUCAGUCGAACGUAUACCACCAAAACCAAUGCAACCAAUUCGUCGGCCGGUAAUCAAAGCAAUGCCAGCGGCUCCACUCAAAGCAGCAGUAGGACGCUUUGGAGUGGCAUCUCGGCGGGAGGCUUCAGCUCGACCAGCGCAGGUAGCAUGGCUCGCGCCCAUCACCAGCGCGCCCAGAGUGCGUUGGGCUCACGCGAGGCCGACAUCCUCGAGCGACCCGAGACGCCAUUCUCUGGUGUCACCUAUCAUAGCAGUCAUGCUAGCAACGCAGUGGCACAGCGCCCUCAGUCUCAAGCGGGUUUCCACGAGGACCUCAACGCAGGACUGGGGGGCCUUGUGCAUCCAAAGGCGCCCAAGCGCAACAUCUUCAAGAAGAUAUUCGAAUCUGCCAAGACUGGGGUUGCUAGCAACCGCAACAGUAUCGCCGUCGGAUCCGGCUCGGGCCUCGCCUCGGUGAGAUCGUCUCCCUUUAAUCGGUCUACCGGGCACAGCUCUACCAACCUGUCAUCUGGCAUGGCGGCCAUCAGCGGCCCUCCCGUCGCCGGCCGUGACUCGGCACGCGAGAUGGGCCUAGGUGGCGGCGUCGACUGGGUACAGGUGAGACGUGAUGUGAACCGCUCCAACUCGCUCAGCAAGAUUGAGCGGAGCGAACGCAGGGACCGCUGCCAGAUGAUGGAUCACCCGGCACUGAACCCGGUCGAUGAGCUGUACGAAAGCAUUGAGGGUGACGAGGGCGCAAAUGGGAUGCCGGUGGCGGAUCCGAUCAACUACCAGGCCAUUAACCUCAGCCAGGUUGAUAAGAAUUCGCGCUUCAUCGGCGAGCCUCCGCCUAUGACGACCGCCAUCACCUUGGCAACGACAUAUGUCUGUCGGCCGUAUCGCAGCGACGUACAGCGGCUCCGGGCCAUUUUCACCUGGGUCGCUGAGAAGAUAUGCUGGGAAGAAGACUUCGAAGGCGAGAUCGACACGCGCCGCGUGAUCCAGAGCAAGCGCGGCUGCGCGGAAGAGUAUGCCGUGCUGGUCAUGGAGAUGUGCGCCGCAGCCGGGCUGAGAUGCGAGAUUGUACGCGGCUACCUCAAGACGCCCGGCGAUGUGACGGACCUGAACGUGGUACCCCGUUCGAACCACUGGUGGAACGCCGUCGUUGUCGACGACGAGUGGCGCAUCAUGGACUGCUGCUUGGCAAGCCCGUCGAACCCUAAAAGAGCCCGCUACUCGAGCGUCAGCGGCAAUACGGCCGACUUCUGGUGGUUCCUGGCUCGGCCAACGGAAGCGUGCUGGACGCACGUGCCCGAACACCACGAUCAGCAACACGUCGUGCCGCCCGUGGCCCAUGAGAUCCUUCUCAACCUGCCGUGCACCUGUCCGUCGUUUUUCCGCAACGAGAUCGAGAUGGUCGACUAUAACACCUCUGCGACGAGGAUCGAGGAUCUCGAGAUGGUGCACAUCAAGUUCAACGUGCCGGCCGACGUCGAGAUUGCGGCCGAAGUCGAGGCUCGAGGCUUUGCCAAGGACACAGACGGAGACGUGUUUGAGAACGGCGACUUGGUCAAGAAGAGGGCACUGGCGCAGGCGGAGUGGUUCAACGGCGCAAAGCGAUACACGGUCAAGGCGCUGCUGCCGGGUGACGAGGGUCAUGGCACGCUCAAGAUUUACGCAGGCAAGAGGGGCCUGAUGCACAGCAUCAAGGAUAUUCCUCACCCGCUCGCGUUUGCCAUCCCCAUCAUCCACUCGGGCGAGAACCCGCCGUACGAGUUUGUUACGCGACAUCCGACACCGCACGCGCAGCGGCACGACAUCUACGUGGUUCAGCCUCAGUGCCAGCGAUUGGCCCUGAACAAUACCUUUGUGUUUGCCAUCCGGCAGCACCCCAGCUCGCUGUCGAGCGGCGGACUUCACUCAGCCCUGACGCCGGCGUCGAACCCGGGAGCGACGAGCCCCGUGCCGUUCGCGCGACCCAGCUCGGCCAUGAGCAUCACGGCGUCGAGUGUGAGCGGGUCGAACCCGAGCUCGGCGAGCGGCACCGUCGCAGGCAAGAAGCCGGCGAAGCUGGCGAUCCAGACGCCAGGCGGCAAGAUCCUCCGUCUUAUGCGGAAGGAGGAGCGGCGCGGCAUCGGCGUCGGAGGCAAGCUGGCGCUGACGGACGAGGACGCCAGCGACGGCGGCACAUGGGAGACGAUUAUCAAGUGUUCGGAGAGGGGACUGUGGCGGGGCCUGGUCCUGGCGGACCGCACUGCGCGAUGGUGCGUGUUUGCCGAGUGGGUGUGUGUAGGUUGA